AUGUACCAUAGCCUUGGCAUCCAUUGGGCAAGUUCUGUUCCGGCUUUUCUCUACCUUGCCUGCGUUCCGUUUCCGUUUCUGUUCUUCAGGUACGGAAAGUCGAUUCGGUUGCGAUGCAAGUAUGCAGCUCAAGUUGCCUGA